AUGGGUGUCGUAGUAUUUGUAUUUGUCGUAGUAGUAUUUCAAAUAGUUUUAUUAUUUGUAUUUGUAAUACUACUAUUUACAAUUGUAGUUCUUACUACUUCCACUACUACUGCCCAAUCAACAUCAUCAUCAUGGGUGACAAUUGAAACAUAUAAUGAACCACAAUGUAAUUUGGAUAGUUCAAGUAUCGGUGGAAUUGUUAUGCAAUCGGGAGACUGUGUCCAAGGACAACAAGUGACUUGCAACUCGAACAAUGAUAUUAUCACUGUUCAAGAAUUCAACGAUCAGGAAUGUCAAACUACCGCCGCCAAUGUCACACAGUACACGUCUGGUGUCUGUAACACUGUCUCUCAAGUCCAUGGUUUCUACAAGACCUACACUUGCUCACCAACAAUGCCAUCAUUACCAGCCCGUUCAUUGUCCAUCUCAACCUACAGUGCCUGUAAACUAAAUCCAAGUCUUCUCACUGGGUUCCGUUGGAUCCCAUCCUACAAGUGUAUGGCCAUUAGAAGAGAUGAGAUCUCUGGUACUGCUACUUCUGCCUCUUCCUCUGUCGGUACGUCGGCAUCGGCAUCUGCUUCGUCGGCAUCAGCCUCAUCAGGAUCAGCCUCUUCAGGAUCAGUUUUACUUCCUUACUACAACCAUGACAACCAUGCCAACAAGAUUAGUUCAAUGGAUUUGUUAGACAAGUAUUUUGAUUUCUUGGACACUAUCAACUUUAAUCAAUUAAAUGGAGGCCAAGAGGAUGAUAAUGUCGGUGUUCUAACUCAACCACCAGGUGGUAGAUUGGGAACUACUGGUACUGGCUUGACAGGAUCAGGUGUAGGAUUCGGUACUGGAACCGGGGAUACUAGCGGGAGUGGUCCAAUCAACUUUGUGUCAUUUGGUAUUGUUGUUUGCAACCAAACCGACAAUAAGCUAUUCGCCUAUUUCAACGGUAAUCAUCCAGGAUCGACCUCUGGAACAGCUGGUAGUGUCUUGUCGACUGGUAAAUACUCAUCCGGUGAUCCAUAUGGUUCCAAUAUGAAUGUUCCAACGAGUGUGACAACCGGAUGGUCUGGUGGUACUGGUGCUACUGCUAGCUCUGGAAGAUCCGCCACAGGAGGUGAUGGUAGUGCUACUACUGCCACAAGUGGAGUAUCUGCCUCAGGGGGAUCGUCGGCCAGUUCAAGUUCAGGUUCAGGUUCAGCAUCAGGUUCGGCAGACUAUAACGGAUGUUCAAUACCACCCAACUUGUUUGGUGGUGGAAAGAAUGUACAACAAUGCUAUCAAAAUCAAUUAUUAUCUGUCACUUGUACUCCACCAUACCAUUCAUAA